UUAAAAAAAAAAAAAGCAAACUUCUCUUUUCACCAGCCAGGUAGCAUCAGUAAAGUAGCGACACAGUGCUUUUCCAUAAGUGACAGGACUUUAAAUGACAGCGUCUUCAGAUUUUUAACUUUAAUUCAAUAUUCGGUUGCACUGUUCAAACAGUGCCUAAUAAUCGGGUACUAUAGGUGAAUACAUCACGAUUUAUUUUAAAGAGCUGAGUGGAGCUUUGGUUACUAACAUGUCAAAAUAGCUUUGGAUUUAAAUGAAUCGAAUAAUAUUAGAUUUGACAAAAAUGUCUGGAAGCCAGAGAUGAAAUGCAAAGAGGUAACCCGUAUCUGACCAUCCGAAACUAGCACCAACCGACAAUUAUCUUCUGGAUUUGAAAAACACAAAAUAUGGUUCACAGAAAUGGAUGAUUCUAACCACCGUUUACGUUUUUAAAGAGUAUCUUCAAAAUGUGGGUCUUUGUUUUUCUGGUUUGCUUGGAGUUUUCCAUACCGGUCAAAGCAAUUCCAAAAGAAUGUGAGCUGCAAAGUAUUCUCAUGCGGGAAGAAGAACACUGCAAUGAAUUUUUGUCCCUUGAGAAGCAAAACUUAUCUGAAGUAGGAUUGCCCCAGACAGAAUGCCAAGGAAUGUGGGAUAACCUGAGCUGCUGGCCUUCCUCUGCCAUUGGAAAGACUGUUGCAGUCGCGUGCCCCAAGUUCAUCUUUGCGAUCACUGGAAAAGAAGGUUUUGUUUAUAGAAACUGCACCAGUGAUGGCUGGUCUAAUUCAUUUCCCCGACAUGAUGUCGCCUGUGGACUUGAUAUUAACAACACAAUUGAAGAUGACAAAAACACAUACUACAUGAAUGUGAAGACCAUGUACACUGUGGGGUAUGGCACAUCUCUUGUGUCUCUGAGCAUCGCGAUAGUGAUUUAUUGUUCCUUCAGGAAACUUCACUGUACAAGGAAUUCCAUCCAUAUCCAGCUAUUUAUGUCUUUCAUUCUUCGAGCUGUUUCAGUCUUCGCCAAAGAUAGAGUGCUGUUUGCUACCGAAUACAUUUAUCAUUGCAAUGCAUACUCGGCAGGCUGUAAAUUUGUCAUGAUUUUCUUUCAAUACUGCAUCAUAGCCAACUACAGCUGGCUGCUGGUAGAAGGACUUUAUCUACACACACUGCUGACCGUAUCUUUCUUCUCAGAGAAUAAAUAUUUUUGGUGUUACAUAGCUCUUGGCUGGGGCUCCCCUUUGAUAAUUAUUACAGCCUGGUCAAUUUCAAGACAUUUACAUGAAGACAUGGGAUGCUGGGAUACCAACAGUAAUGUGGGGAUCUGGUGGAUAAUUAAAGGUCCUGUAAUUAUAUCAAUUUUUAUCAACGUUCUAUUCUUUGUCAGUAUCAUACGAAUACUGGUUAGCAAAUUAAAGACUCCAGAUGCACGAGGAAAGGAAUUCAACCAUUACAAGAGGCUUGCAAAAUCUACCUUAUUGUUAAUUCCGCUCUUCGGUGUGCACUAUAUCUUGUUUGCAUUUUUCCCUGACGAUAAGAGCAGUUUAACUAUGGAAAUCCGGAUAUUUUUUGAACUUGCACUGGGAUCAUUUCAGGGAUUUGUGGUUGCAGUUCUUUACUGCUUUCUAAAUAGCGAGGUGCAAUGUGAAAUUAAGCGAAAGUGGAGACGAUGGAAGCUGAAGAAACAUUUUAAGAGAGAGUCGAGACACAGUCGCAACUCCACCAGCACUGGAGGUAACGGUUCCACUCAAGUGUCACUGCUCACUCGAGAACAGAUACCAGUCUGUGUGCUUCCACUGGGGUAUGAAACUACACAGGCUACGCAAGGAAAGAACUCCACUGCAGCAGUAUCCAUGGACUCUGAAGAGCCAUGACUUUGAAUGUGAAGAGUCAUGAUCAUUGUGGGAGAAAAAAGCAACUUACAUGGCACUAAAGCAGCUAACUUUCACAAGACUGUAUUAUACGAUACAAAUGAAAUCUCACAAAAGGCAGGUUGGCAGAUGUCAAUCAUCUCUUUCUUUGGAACUAAUUAAUCUUACCUCUGCUAUGCCAAGACUAAGACGUAAUACUCCCCUCGCUAUACAAAGCAGCUUGGCUGCUAUUUAUAAAAGGUUUACUGUGAGUGCAAGAGUCACAUACAUAAGGGAUAAACAUUGGAUCCAAAGAGCUACAUUUUUUUUUCAGGUGUCGGGUUGACAAAGACUUUAUAAAAUAAUGAUCAAAUAUGUAUUAGAUUUAUAAAUCUCUGUUAGACUGGCCAGUAAUUUAAACAUUGUUGGGGGGACUUUGUACUUCUUCAUUUCAGCCCAUCUGAAGCUUUGAGUACCAGUUCCAAGUAUUGGUGCUGUGAUGGAUUAGUUUGACACCUUGCCCUCACUUCACUGAUGUCAGAAAACCAUAAAUAACCGAAUUGCCCAGGAAAUUGUAAAGGUAUAAUCAAUGGACCCAGUACACUGAUGGUAAAAUAAAAAACAGAUCGUACAAACAUUUGGUACAUGUACAUGCUGGAAGAUGCAGAUCAGAGGAAGAAAAAAAAAAUCACAACAAAGACAAAAGGAAUGUUUUGCACUGAAGGCAUGUUGAAUGCUCUUGGAAGCAACAUACCUGUGUCCGAAGCAAUUGGUGCAAAUACUAAUUUAUGAAUGAAUUUAUGAAUUAAUAUCAAUGUUUGCAUAUGCUAAAUAUCUCAGCAGGCCCCUUCCACUUGUAAAGACAGACAGUGAUAUUUUGGGAAGCCACUGAAAGCAGCAUGUAUAUCUGACUGUGCCAAUCUUGGCCCAAAGCUUCUAGCCCUGUAAAAGCAUUGUAAGAACCAACUUUGCAAACUCCAGUGUUUUCCAAACUCCUUUGUGUUCCCAGACACUCUUGUACUUGAGGUCAAGAAUGGUUCUGCUCUACAGAGGGCUUCUGGGAAACCAAAACAAUUUAUACCCACACUCUAUAUAUUGUGUUUCAGUUGUCCGCUUAGCAAAACAGAGGUUCACGCAGCAUAGUGACUAUCAAUUGGAAUACAAUGCUGUUUCCGGAUGCAUGCCAGACGUGCUACAGACCAUAAGUUAUCCUAAAUCGUUUUAAUAGCUGUGUUACAAAACUCUGAAAAUGUCCCUGUGUCCCUGCUACCUAUUUCAGUGACACAAGCUAUUGUCUUUUGGAGAUCCUGCAUUAAGAGUUUAGACAUAUUUAUGUUGGUAAAAAUAAGUUUUCACUAUUUUUAUACUUGUAGCAAAAUACUAUGUGUCUUCAUACUAUGCUUUUUAUUUGUAAUUUAUUGACAAACUUAUUUUACAUCAUAAAUUGAUCUUUUGGGAGCAUGAGGUUUUAUCUUAAAUUCUGUAUUAAUAAUUUGCAAUAAUGUGUCAUGUAGACUAAGUAACUACCAGAAACGAACAUUUAGCUUAGUAAAACCUGGUUGUUUUAUGAUUUUGGAUUUCUAUAAAUAAAAGAUUUAAGCCACA